AUGCUUCGGAAUGGUUUAAUUGCGGGUCUUGAAAACAACGGGGCCACGGUGGGGGCGUCGUUGCCAUUUGUCUUUGUCCUAUUUCCUUUGUUUCCAAAAAAAGUGCGUCUCGUCGAAUUGAAUCGGUGCGCCAUCAACCAUUGCUGCGACCUGACUCUGCAACUGUCCUCGGAACAUCUUGUGUCGUCAAUCUUCGGUCGUCGCAUGAUUGUGGCUGCUUUCUGUCUGGCGAAAAUCUCCUCGGGAAACUCUUCUAGCGGCAAGGGAAAGGAACAGAAUCUCUUCACAUCACACACACUAAACGCUGUAAUUCGGUUGUCUCAACUCUUUCCGGUCUCUGGUCGUGUCAGUCUCGCUAGUUUCGCCUUAUUACGCUUCUUGUGCAACACAACUCCAUCCUCCAGUAACGGCUCGGUUGUAUUCGACAGAGGCCAUCCAUCUUAA